UUCCACCUGUGUUGUGUUGUGUAUAUACAGACUGUAUUGUGCUUUUUGACUAGACUUUUGAUAUUGUUCCUGUGAUAUUUUCGACAUGAUUUCACAAAUUGCUCUUAGCGAGGACGCUCUUCGGUUCUGCGGAGGCCCAAAAGUAAUGGCGGCCGGGCGAAAACGGUUCCAAGCCGGCGACAAAAAUCGCACAUGAUUGAGCAAGAAAAUCUUCCUUGGAAAUUGAAAUGCGUUGGUUUUGGAGAAUAAGUAAUAAAAACAGCAGGCCAUGCUUCACUACAAAUUCAACAAAAUUCUCUUCCUUUUGAUAGUCAUGGCACCCUGGUGUAGUCAUUGGCGUCACCUCUCACCCAAGGACACACAUGCCGAGGCUGAAGAAUUCGAUUGAAAAGUUGAAGUGGAUGGCAGUAACCGAAGCCCAUGCAGAACCAAGAUUUAGCCCUGGCGCCAGAGGGUUUUUUAAGAAAGACAGGCAAACCCAUCUCAUAUCAUCAGCUGGAGAGAUUUUCGCCGUGGCCAAGACCAGCCAGCGCAUGACCUUCUCUCAGCAGCUCGAGACAAAGGCGCGCGUUUGGAGAACAAAGGCCUCUGCGAACCCACCCGCACAACUGGGGCAAGAAAGAGCAAAUAAUGCAUUCAGUGAGGCGCGGUGCCUGAGUUUACCGAGCCAUCGACCAAGCGACCGCAUGCCUGGCGAGUCCGUCGCCUCUGCCAAAGACAAAAAGGACGCGGCCUGCACCAAACUCGCCUCCGCUGAAACAAAAGUUUGCUCUUCGUCCGCGGCUCCGAUCUCGGCAUUCGGAAUGACGCUCCUCGCCGCUGCGCUCCUCGUUCACUUUCUGCUCCUCACUUCUGUCGCCAGAAACGAUGCCGAGCACCAAAACGUGAUUCGCCACAGAAACGGCCGAAGCCUGCGGACGGGCGACUCGAACCAGCUGAGCCCGGCUGUGGUUCAGCCGGCGAUAUUCGGCACCGAAAACUCGAGCGUCGUCACCGCCAGCCUCGGCAGCACCACGGUCCUUCCCUGCACUGUCAAAAAGUUUGGAAAUGGAGUGGUCUCGUGGAUUCGGCGCAAGGACUUCCACCUGCUCACCGUCGGACUCGUCACGUACAGCAGCGACGACAGAUUUUUCGUCGAGCACACCAGACAUUUGCAGAAUUGGGGACUGAAAAUCAAGUCGGUGCAGCAGCGGGACUCGGGCUUCUACGAGUGUCAAGUCUCAUCGCAUCCCCCGACGAGCAUCUUCAUCGAACUGCGAAUCGUUGAGGCCUCGGCCGAGAUCUCGGGCGGCGCCGCCGACCUGCACAUCAAGAGCGGCAGCACCCUCAAGUUGACCUGCACCCUGAAAAAGAGCACGGAGCCGCCGGUGUUUGUUUUCUGGUACCACGACGGUCGCAUGAUCAAUUACGACAAGGAGCGCGGCGUGCGUGUGCAGAAUGCGGGCCGCGCCGGCAGCGCCCUGGUGCUCGAGGAAGCCAUGCCCGCCGACUCGGGCAACUACAGCUGCGUGCCCUCCAACGCCCGCCCGGCCAGCAUCAACGUCCACGUGCUCGACGCCGGAGACGAGAAGCCGGCCGCGAUGCAGCACGGAAGCAGGACCUCGAGCUCGCCGUCGCCGCUGGGCUCGCUGGUGCCGUGGUGCACAUUUUCCUCGCUGCUGGUCACCUACUUGACGUGGCUGCGGCCCCAGAGAAGACUGCUGCUGGGCAGGUGAUCUCGUUAAGAGGAGCAAAACACCUAGCUCGAGAGACUGCACCCUAAUUACCCACAGCCACCCCUCCUCAAGCAACCCCCAGUUUUCUUGUUGAGAAAAAAAAUAAAUAACGAGAAGAAGAAGAAGAAGUGUUAGUUGUUGUUGCCCGGUCGGUCGGUUUGUUUAAGGAUGUGUUCUCGAUCGGGAGAUGAGUGAAUUUUUGUUCUUUUGUAUUUUUUUUUCUUGAGAUUAAGUGGCUCAGCGUUUUAAUUGGAUCGUAAGGAGGAGUGCCGCGCGAAGAGGGUCUGAUUUUAAUUGGAUCGUCGCGCGCAUAACGUCUUUUUUUUACAUAAUUAUUGAAUUUUGCAUCUGAUCGAAUGAUUUGUGUGGAAAAACUCAAUCCGAGUAUUAAUCAAGAAAUUUUGUGCGUGUACCCGGAUAAAACUCCCUAAAUUAGGGGUUGAAUGUGGUGUAAUUAUCUCGAUUUUUGAACGUUUCGCGACCUGGAUUCUCGAUGAAUGUCUCUCGUUCUAUUACUCAAUCUUCACUUCGGAUCGGAAGAAUAUGUGUAAAAAUUGUACUUUUAAAACGCUGUAUAUAUGUAACGACGGAACUCUGGCGUAGAUUUAAGGAAACUGCAUAAUGUACAUUUGAUGCGCAUUCGUUGAAAUAUUAUGAUUGUCUGGUUCCGAACGACUUGCUAUAUAUUUUUAAUAAAAACUUCUUUGCGUUAAUAAUCUUGUUGCUUCGGUCUAACAGAUUUUAAAGUGCGUGUAAUAAUCAUUAUUAGUUGUAAAAUUAUCCAUUUGUUGUGAAUUAACCCUUGUAAGUUUUCCUGGAACUGCAACAAAAAUUUAGAUCAAUUUUCAGCUAUUGUGUUGAUUUUCAACGAUGUACGAGCAUAACUUAUAUAAAUUGAAUCGAAAUUUGCGAAAUUUGACUCAUGUACAAUAAUUGAGUAAUAAAUGUAUAAUACGGUUAUUGUGCUCAAAGAAUUUAAAAAAAAGAGAGAGAACGAAUUCUUAUGAUUCGCAAUGGCAAGGAAAUUUGAAUGUUCAGCCAGAAAAUGAGUUGGAGGCAACUUUGGUUUCUUUUUUGGACUGUAAUUCAAUCAAUUGCCAAAUUAUUUAAUAUUUUUUAAAAAUAAAGUUUGAAACAAAU